AUGAUGAAUGUCAUGAAGUAUGAUAGGCGUAGAAGCACGGUGGGCUAUAGCCCACUGUUAUGGAUGGAAAUUAUGGAGGCUGGGGGGGGGGGGGGGGGGGGCGAGGGGGGGUCGGGUGGCCUGGGGAGUGGGGGUAGGGGGGGAGGUGUGGGGGGGGGGGGUGGGGGGGGGGGGGGGGGGUUGGGAAGAAUAAAAAUGUGA